GCCUUUCUUCAUUGGUCGGGUCAAAAUGACGACGUUUUAGAUCUUCUUUUAUCAAUUGCAUCAGUGUGUGUUUUGGGCGAAAUCGAGAAAAAUGAGCGGAGCAGGCAAGAAAGUGGCGGAUGUGGCAUUCAAAGCGUCGAGGACUAUAGAUUGGGAAGGGAUGGCUAAGGUCCUCGUCACCGAUGAGGCUCGCAGAGAGUUCUCUAACCUCCGUCGCGCUUUCGACGAGGUCAACACGCAGCUCCAGACCAAGUUCAGCCAGGAGCCUGAACCUAUUGAUUGGGAUUUCUACAGAAAGGGUAUUGGAUCCGGCAUUGUUGACUUGUACAAGGAAGCUUAUGACAGCGUUGAGAUUCCCAAGUACGUGGACAAUGUUACCCCUGAAUACAAGCCUAAGUUUGAUGCUUUGUUGGUGGAGCUGAAAGAAGCAGAACAGAAGUCGCUCAAGGAGUCUGAACGGCUGGAGAAAGAAAUUGUUGAUGUCCAGGAGAUAAGCAAAAAGCUCAGCACGAUGACUGCAGAUGAGUACUUUGAGAAGCACCCAGAACUCAAAAAGAAGUUUGAUGACGAAAUCCGUAACGACUACUGGGGAUACUGAUCCUCAUCAUGUUUCUUGCAUCUCCGGCUUGGAAAUGAAACUAUCCUUCUCUUUUUUUCUUGUACUGUUAUUUCUUAAAUAAGUAUACUCCACUGUUGAGAUCUUCAUUGGAAAUCCAAUGAAACAGUGAUGAUCAAAGUAUCUGGUUAUAGUUUAUCGAUUUCAUAGAUAAGGGUGACUCUUUUCAUUUCA